AGGAUUUAGAUUGUUGACCCGAUUUGUAACCGGACCCCGAUUACUCAACAAUAUCAUAAGAACCAUUGAAGUUACGAAUGGCGGAAGCAUUCAUUGAAUUGAAUCAACUUCUCAUAUCCAAAAAGUUACUCGAAGGCUGCAUAACCUAAACCGCAUCAGCCUUGCAGUAGGUGCUGGUUGGCUCUUUGGCAAGUGGAGAUUUGCCAAGUCUUUGGAUUCAGGUGUUGAACUUAUUCUCUCUCAGCAUGGAACUCGUCUGCAAAAGGAGUUGGGAGAAAUAAUGUUGAAGAACUACCAGCGUAAUCCGCCUGUAUUGCAGCAUGUCUCCAAAUACUUCUACUCUGAAAAUGUUUAUGAUGAUGAUUCAACAGACCAGCCAAAACCAAGGUGGCGUUUCCGGGGUACAUAUGGGGAAAUAUUUUCUUCUCAUAGGACAGACGGUGACAACUCUUCCAGUAAGAAACCCCAUCUGGAGAAUACUGAUCUGAGGAAUACUAAUCUUGAGAGAAAGCAAACUAAUAUGAAUGGUGUUGGUGCUGCUGUUGUUCUAGAGUCAACCGAAGACCCAUUUGAUUGCAUACUCGGAUAUCAAGUGAAUGCCGAAGAGAUUCACCGCACUGAAGCAUCAAGACUGCUGCCUAGAAGGCGUAAACAUAGCCACAGACGGUCUCAUGGCAGGCGUAGGAUGCAUCGCCAUGUGAACGUGGAAGGUUGAAGUUUGUAAUUGGCCAACCUUGAUGAAUGCAAGAUUGAACUGAUAUGUCCUCUGGGACGAGUCUUGCAUGCCCUAUUAAAUGUAAUCUGCAGCAAAAUCUGAAGCUGGUUGUCUAUAUAUUUGGCUCGGUGGCUUUUGUGAUCAUAAACAUAUUUAGUAGAAUUGGAUUAUGGAUUAACUUAAGAGAGUAGCUAGCAAAAAUUUUAAUAUAGGAUGAAAUGCAUUACCAACAGGAUUGAGUUGUCAAUUUGCAGCAUUUUAUAUCCAUUUGUUAUAAAUUCUUUUGUUAAA